AUGAAUUCGUACAGAGGUCUAGAGGGAUCGAAGCUGCCAUCUGCUACUUACAAAUCAGAUACUGGGAUAUCGCCCAAAAACCAAUACCAUAAUAUUCAAUCAAAUACUGCUGAUAACUCUUACAAACCUGAUGAAGGUCAUGAAACAGAUACAGACCAGACUUUAUCAAUUUUAGACGGCUACUUUACGACCCAACUUCCUGUUCCUUCAAAGUCUAUUGCCGAUCCUGAAACUGAUUUGCCCAUACCUCCUCCCAAGGUGGAUACAGUCUACUAUGAAAACCUAUCGGGACAGGGCAGUCUCACUUCCCAUGCGAUACAGCGACAUGCUCCAACAAAUGGCAUAUCUUCUAAUACUCAAAUCUUAGACCAUGGUGUCGGAUCUGGAUACGGCCAUAUUAGUGAUGCAAGUAUUGGUGCAUCACAUGAGAGUAAUGGAUCUCAAAAUGACAUUUCAAUUAGCAAAAACCCUUCAGAAAGCGAUCUUGUAUCCAAUCAGAGCUUGAAAUCAACAGAUACGGAUAACAGUCCAACAAAUAAGCUCACUUGGCUUGCAAAGAAUAUCAAGAGCAAAACUGCUGCUGCUGCCAAAAUUGCUGCUGAAAAAACGGCCGAGUUUGGUUCGAUUGCGUAUGAGCGUGGAUCUGAAUGGGGAACUCGUGCCAAACAGGCUGCGAAUGCUGCUAGUAGUAACAUGGCAACUCGUCGAAAGGAAACGGAUCACUCUUUACAUAAAACAGAGUAUACUGUGCCAGAGUUUCCCAUAUUUGGCGCCUCACUCUUUGAUGCUGUUCUAAGGUGCAGAUCUGGAGGAAAUCCAUACCACGAUGUACCCAAUAUUGUAUUUCGCUGUAUUGAAUAUCUUGAUGCACGAGGAAUUGAAGAAGUUGGCAUAUACAGACUUUCCGGAUCGACCACUGAGAUACAACAGUUGUCUCAAAAAUUCAACAAUGGUGACGAUGUAAAUUUAAUGGAGCUUUGUCCUGAUCCAAAUGCGGUUGCUUCGCUAUUCAAGUCAUAUAUUCGCAAACUUCCAGAGCCCCUUUUGACAAAUGAAUUGAUGGACCAUUUUGCCGCUCCAUUUACCCGUUUUACUCAAGAGGAUGCACUUUUCCCACCCCAUUUGACAGCAACAGAUGAACACCCGAUUACUUCGGAUCAAAAGACAUUGGAGAGUGUUUCUGUAGUAUUGCGUAGAUUGCCACUGGCAAACUAUACAGUUUUAUCUCUGUUGUUUUCUCACUUGUACCGAGUAUCAUCACGCCACGCAACCAACAAGAUGACAAUUAGUAACUUGCAAGUUGUUUGGACGCCAACGCUUGGAUUCAAUGGAUCUCUUUUUGGUACACUACUGGUGCAACACGAACGGCUUUUUCCUCCUCGAACUGUAGGCAGUACUAUCUCUUCGCCGUCUACUCUCUCUUUUGAAUUGAAGGAUUUUAAAAGUGGCGGUGUUUCAAGCGCUGUCUUACCAUCUCUAGCUUUGCCUGUGCAGCCAGCACAGACAACAGUCAAUUUUCCAAUGCGAAAGUCCUCUCAACAGCUGACACCGUUCCUUUCUUCAGGAUUACAAAACAAUACUUGUACGAAUAACACGACACCACUAAUACAACCUAGAUCUGCUUCCUAUGCGUGCCCCUUAUCAAAGACUGCAUCUACAAGUAGCUCCACGACUUUUACAGUACAUUCGAGUGAUCGUCGCACCCCAUCUCCAGAGCGCCGACCUCCGCCUAUCCCUGCAACAUCAUCAUCUACUGUAUAUAAGCGCAUUUCCUCGGAAUUAGCACAUUCCAACAAUUCGUAUGAGAACCCCUUUGACGAAAUCUAUGGAGAUUCGCUGGCCACCCAUCUAGCCCAACUAGGCAGUUUAUCUGCGCACUCCAAUGCUCAAUCCGAGUCGGAUGACAAUCGUACUGAUGCGAUGAGCAAUGGUUUUGCCGCUGUUGCACCAACCCCACCUGCAAAGCCUCCUCGUGGAAAUCGGUUGGCUACCGUUUUUGAUGAUCAUAUAUCUCAUGCAUCGUAUUCCUCUUCCCAUUACAAGGAGGAUAUAUAA